AUGGUCGGGCUCUUUUCUCAGUUCAUGAAUGUCAGGAUGAUACAGCCUUGCCGUGCUGGUGGAUCGUCCAACUGUCCGAGCCGUCCCAUCCGUCCUUCCCGGGCCAGCGAUCGGGAUCGCGCCGCUACGCGUCCCUGCCUCCCUGCCUGGGGCCGAUCGAAACCCGUCUCUCGCUCGCUCGCUCCCCCCUUCACUUCCACUCACUCCACACCUGGCCACACCGCGCAACGCACUACGCUCCUGCUCGGUACAGCGACGAUACAGCGUCUCCAGCUUGUCAAGUUCCUCGACGGCUGUCUGCGGCUCGCGUCCGGUGUCAAUUAUCAGCAGACUCUCACCGUCCAAGUCGUCCUUGUGAGUCGCCCGUUGUCGCCUGGGGAAAUUUGCCGAGUGAGAUCUGACGCGGUUGAAUCAUGCGGCUCUCUUGAUACCACGCGAUCGGACAGCUUCACCCUCCUCAGAUACCUCCUUCAAGUUGGCAGCCUCAUCAGUAAGUUGGGUAUGCAAUUUGUCGCCUCGACCCAGCUUCUGACCGCCUGAGGCUUCUGGCCAACCGCUGUCGGCAGUGGCGCCCGAAACAGACGACUCAGGGCUUGCUCUACCACGCAAGUAUGCCCGAAUGCGGGCAGCGAACACCACCACCAAUAGAAAGAAGCCCACAACUGAACGGGUGCAUGGGGAAACUGGUGGGACUAGAAUGGUACGAGAUUCCCCGGCGCUACAGAGAUACCUGGAGGAGGCGGAUCUGCAGCGCGAUCGCCGGGUCGAGGCCAUCGAGGUGCCGGACACGCACAAGUGGGGAUCUGAGGCCGACAUGGUGCCGCUUGUGAAAGCGAUCAUGGGCGUGGUGAGGCACAUCCACGUCUUUCCACUAUCUUCUUGUUCAUGUCUUGAGCGGGUAAAUGACCUCGCCAUUCCGCACUGCAGGCCUCCGAGUCGACCGACCGAGCCUUUGUAGUCUGUGGACGCUCGAGCGACACGGUCCCGACCGCGCAAGGGCAGGUGCCCUCCGACGACCACUGCGCAGACAUAGUCUGCCUUUACCCGCACGCUACGACUCCCGAAACGAUUGAAGAAUGGCUGCGAACCGACCUCGAGCGCCUGAUAGGGGAAAAGCGUCGUCGAUCUCGAGUCAGCAAGCCCGACGGCCGACGCCUAGACGACGUCGUCGUCGUUGGGGAGCUCAAGGAAUCCGAGCGCCAGGCCAAUAAGGCAGAGGUGCAACUGCUCCGGCGUUUCUAUCGGAUGACCUCCACCAAUCCUAUCCAAGAAUGGACAAUGGGGUUUACCAUUUGUGGCAUACAUUUGCGGGUGUACGUACACAUGGCCGCCGGGAUCAUUCGAUCCGACCCAAUCGAUUGUUCCACGCCAGCCGGCUUCCGCUGCUUGAAGCGGUUCAUGCUGCGCAUCCUCGAAGACGACCUUCGAUCGCUCGGCACCAUCUCGCCGGCGUCGACUCUUCCCGUCUCGAUCCUUCGGCGCGACCUUCCCCCGACCUCGCACUCUUCGAAUUUGGGCAUCGGGAACGUCAGGUUCAAUUCAAACCUCAAGCUAGUACACCUCCAUUUUGUGCACCCCGCAAUGUUGGGAUCGAGAGCGCGCGUCUACACAGCCAAGCUCCGAGGACGCCACUCGCCAACCUCCCACACGGCAAUUAUAAGCCUGAUUGACGAAGUGGGUGCGAGCCGCUUUAAAAAAAUAUUUGCUAUGGUCCAAGCCGCACGAUUCGAUAACUCGUAUGAGCUUCCCCAACUGAAGCAUUGGCUGCUCAACGCUGCCCACUUCCGGACCGCACCCCCCAUGAUCGGAAAAGGUGACGCGGGCUGCAACUUCGGUCCGCGUGCCGUGCAGUACGUAAUAUACGACAAGGUCUACUAUUCGUUAGAAACAGUCACCUCAACGCUGGGAAUCGUGAAGUUUCUCCGGGGUGCACUCGCAGGUGAGCAGGCAUCUUGCACCCGAGCAAACUGGGCCUGCCGCAGAAGACGGAUGGAACCUGACCGCUCACCGAGAUACGACUUUACAGGAGCGAAGUGGUUGCUGGAACGGGGAAUUUUGGUCCGAGAUCUUUCGGAGGGUAGCGUGAUGGUUGCAAGCAAUGGCCAAGGGGUUGUGACACGAUUUGAUCAUGCCGUGCUUCUGGACGACCCUUCGGCGGCGUCAGAACUCGAAGAAUGCGCAGUACGUGCCCGCUCUUUGCCUCCGCCUCCAUCUCAGUGGACCGACCCCGUCACCUCUGGCUACGCAGGGAAUCCUGGCAUUCGCAGCACUCGGGGGUUACCCGAUGGGAUCGACAAGAACCUCAAUCGUGCCUCACGAGAUCUGGCAUCUUGUCGAGCAAUUGGCGCACACUGCCCAGCUCAUUGUUUGGACCCGCCCAGGAGGCGAACAACACGACCAACCGGGUCUGAGCGCGUCUGCCCAGGACUUGUUGACCCAGUGGAAUUUGGAGAACUCUGUCGAUGCGAUUGCGUCCAAGAUUGAGCACUACUCAAAUCUAGGAGACCACUCAAAUGUGCGGAUUUAUCCACCUGCUUGGCCCCAACUGCCGCAAGUUUUCGCCGUCCUCAGCCGCUAUUGCGACUUGGGAGCGCUUUCUCAAAGCGCUGAGCCCCUGGAAUGGCUGAACAGCCGCUACCUUCUCACAAAGAAGCGAUGGGGGAAGAACGGUGAUCUUUCACUUGAGAAAGCUUUGGGGGACCUGGCGGAGCUGCAAGCGAGAAUCGAAGGCAACUUGGUGUUAAAGAUGUAG